CAAUGGAAAGUUUCAAGAAGUUCAAACGCAUUUUUACUUUUGGACGAAUUUGAUCAUUAUCUUAAACUUUUCUUGAUAAUGGAGAUUGUACUAUGCAAUACCCACGGCAGCACAUGCAUGCUGAAGACGGGAGUGAAAGAAGGGCCAAAUAAGGGUAAAAGCUUCUACUUGUGCGGGGAGCGUCAACAGGGGUCUCCCUGUGAUUUCACCAAAGUGGCAGGGAUCCCGGCCUCACACUGCCUGCUUCAUGAGGAUUCUAUGGUGGAACUCCAGACUCUCAUUCGCAGUCAGCAGCAGCAGGGCUACAGGUUGUACUACCGGUGUGUUUUGGGGAAGAACGCAGGUCAGAGGUGGUGUGGCAAUGUUCCCUGGACAGCGCCAGAGGCAGAGAAACGCAGCCCACUCUCUGACAGACAGCUGCAGCCCUCCAGCCUGCCCCCAGAGAGAAAUCCAUUCAAGGCCCCAGGCAAGACUGACCAGAUGUCAGAGUGGAGGAGACUCCAAGAUGGGGGGAGACUGGAGGAUGAGAGCAACGGAAAGAAUGAGAAAGGUGGAGAGAAGGAGAGGCUUCACAAGAGUGUAGGUAAAGAAAGCGAACACGGUCGAGGUAUGGAGGAGGAGGAGAGGGGGAUGUCAAGUCCCUCGGAGUCUUGGAGAGACACACAGCUUCCAGCAGGGAUGAAGAUAAAGAAGAGAGUAUCAGGUGAGGAGAAUAAGGAAAGUUCUGAAACAUCACCUGAGGAAAAGGAAAAGACUGUCAAGGAGAUGAAAGACAAAAACAAGAACUCAAACAAAGACAGCCAGAGAGAGGCUGAGAAAAGCAACAACUCUAGCCCGAAACCCCAGAAUACAGAGGACCCACACAAAGCCUCAAAGGGUCGUCAGGGAUACUACCAACGAGAGCCACCAACCAAUAGCCUAAAAGAGUCUGGAAAGCAUGCUGGGAAAAAGCCAAGCACAGAUAGGAAGAAGAGCAACCCCUCCGACCCAAAUGGCACUACCUCUAAAGACGCCCAAGCACCUAAGAGCACAGAGAAGACCAAAACCCCAAUCCCACAAUCUGAUAAACCAGCGCAGCGACUUUCCACUCCAACAACUGAACAGGAUAAGGAGGCAGAGAAAAUUGCUGCGUCAUCAUCACAGCAGAACCAGGACAAAUCCCAUUGUGGGAACCAAUUUGGAGAGUGGCGUUGUGAUGAAGAUGAUGAUGAUGUCCAGUUUGUGUCAGUUCAGCCAGGUACACAGACGACGACUCAAGUACCAGUGCCCCUGGUCCAGAAAGCCCUGACAUCCUUCCCAGGGUUCCAGCCUGCCUCUCAGUUCAAAGGUCAGCGGGAGGACCCCAGGGCCCUGCACAGCCAGCUCACUGCUCAGCUCAAACAGAAGAAGGCCACUCUGUCGGUGGUGAAUAUGUCUGCUCUGCCCGAUAAAGGGGAGAGGUUGAAGAGUCAGGUCAAAGACCUGGAGGACGCUCUGGAGUCUCUCUGCCUCACCACUUCCACUGAGCCAGAGCCUCAGGGCGACGAAGGUAAUGCCAAACCGAAACCCACUCCCAGCCAGUACAACCCAUUUAGCUGCCCGGGAGGCACCGUCCUACUGCCCAUUGCUCCUGCCCCCCUCCAGUACCAGGCCUCCACCAGCUCAAUGGGGCUGCAGCUCAGCCAGGGAUACACUCAGAUGUAUGGAGUGAACCCCCAGAGCCAAGCGUUCUAUGGAGGCAGGAUGACAGACAACCGUCUGCUAGCGGUGAAGAACGCCACCUCUGAGGCCAUUGACCACCUCCACAGCUCCCUGGAGUCCUGCCCUGACCCCAAUGCUGAGGUUACGGACCCGAAAGGCAUCAAGGUGCCUCUACUGGCCCAUCAGAGACAAGCUCUGGCCUGGCUGCUGUGGAGAGAGACCCAGAAACCCUGUGGAGGGAUCCUGGCUGAUGACAUGGGCCUGGGGAAAACCCUCACCAUGAUCGCUCUCAUUCUGGCCCAGAAGAAGAAGCAAAAGGAGGAGGAGAAAGACACUAAAUUGGAAGGCUGGAUCUCCAAAAAUGACUCUAGCCUGGUAGUGUCUCAGGGCACUUUGAUCAUCUGCCCUGCCUCUUUGGUUCAUCACUGGAAGAAGGAGAUCGAGAGACACGUCAAGAGCAGCCGACUCAGUAUCUACCUGUACCACGGGCCCAACCGCCAGAAGAACGCCAAAGUUCUAGCUGAGCAUGAUGUGGUGGUGACCACCUACAGCCUUGUCUCCAAGGAGAUCCCAGUCCCGAAGGACGACGCAGAGAAACCUAGCAAGGACCCUGAGGAUGUGCCAUCAGCCCUCCCUCCUCUGCUGCGGGUGGCCUGGGCCCGCAUUGUGCUGGACGAGGCCCACAACAUCAAGAAUCCCAAGGUGCAGACCUCCUUGGCUGUGUGUAAGCUGAGGGCCAAGGCCAGGUGGGCUGUUACCGGGACCCCCAUCCAGAACAACCUACUGGAUAUGUACGCCCUGCUCAAGUUUCUGCGCUGCGCCCCAUUUGAUGAGUUCAAGCUUUGGAAAACCCAGGUAGACAACGGCUCUAAGAGAGGAGGAGAGCGACUUAACAUUCUGACCAGAACUCUGCUGCUCCGACGCACCAAAGACCAGAUGGACUCUACCGGAAAACCUCUGGUGAAUCUGCCAGAUCGGACCUGUGAGGUGCAUCGCCUGAAGCUGUCUGAAGAGGAGCAGUCUGUUUACGAUGUGGUGUUUGCACAGUCCAGGUCCACUCUGCAGAACUAUCUGAAGAGACAUGAGGGAGACAAUGGUAAAAAGGGAGACAACUCCAAUCCCUUUGACAAGGUGGCUCGUGAGUUUGGAGUGUCCCAGGCGGACUCUGUGUCCUCCUCCCAGCAGACCCAGGGCCCCACCAGCACUGUUCACAUCCUGUCUCUAUUGCUCCGACUCAGACAGAGCUGCUGCCAUCUGUCUCUGUUGAAGAAGACCCUGGAUCCGUCUGAGCUGCAGGGGGAUGGGAUCUCUCUCUCCCUUGAGGAGCAGCUCAAUGCCCUGUGCCUCUCCACCGAGCCCUCUGGCCCCGACCCCAAAGCCACCGUGUCCCUCAAUGGGAGCCGAUUCGCCUCCGAUCUCUUUGAGGACACCCACGAGAGCACCAAGGUGACGUCAACUGCUUCCAUGUAUACUAAAAUGUUUCUGUUUUUAUACGGCUAUCUGGUGCAUCUAAUAUACGCUACUACCUGCUUGAUUCUCUUAAUGUUCUUGGUGUUUCAGAUCGCUGCCAUUCUCACAGAGCUGAAGGAUAUCAGGCAGCAGAGUGAGGCUCAGAAAAGUGUGAUAGUGUCCCAGUGGACCAGCAUGCUUCACAUCGUGGCCGUUCACCUGAGGAGAAUGGGCCUGAGCUUUGCUGUCAUCGACGGCACUGUCAACCCCAAACGCCGCAUGGACCUGGUCGAAGAGUUCAACACCAACCCUAAAGGACCACAGGUGAUGCUUGUGUCUCUGUGUGCUGGAGGAGUGGGCAUUAACCUUAUUGGAGGGAAUCACCUCUUCCUCAUGGACAUGCACUGGAACCCAGCUCUAGAGGACCAGGCCUGUGACCGCAUCUACAGAGUGGGUCAGCACCGAGACGUCACCAUCCACAGGUUUGUGUGUGAGGGCACAGUGGAGGAUAAGAUCUCCAUUCUGCAGGAGAAAAAGAAGGAUCUCGCACAGAAGGUGCUGUCAGGGACUGGAGCCUCCUUCACCAAGCUCUCCCUGGCUGACCUCAGGGUCAUCUUUGGGGUCUGACGACCAGGAAGUAAGGGUGGUGAGUCCGCCAGACUGAGGACCAGGUAGUAGCGGGGCCAGCCAUACUUAAACAAUUAGGUUUUCUAGAUUUAUGUUGUGUAUGAAUCUGGUUGAUAACCCCCUUUGCUCUUGUUGGUUACUGCGCACAACAGUACAUAUUGGCACAUAGUGUGGCUAAUGUUGUUGGCACUACUUUGCUGUUAUGGGCUUGAAUGCUUUGCUACUACUUUUCUCCAUAUGGUCUUCUGGCAGGUUGCAGAGCCUCAGGCCUACUAGCUGUGUACUGUUGUAUUUCCCAUAUCCCCAGCACUCUGUUUCACACUCUGUAUUCCAUGUGUUACGACAACGACCUUGUUUCUCCUGGUCAGGUCACAUGGUCUUUUCAUUGAAUACAUUUUAAGUGUAAUUUAUAAGACUGACUUAUCUCUGCUGGGUCAUGUUAUUUCUAAUCCUAAAUACUUUUACCUCUUAUGCUGUGUUUGAUUAUUAGGUCUAUUAUUAGGUCUUAGGAUGUUUUUUUAAUAAAAUAUUAUUUAUUACAGUUGAUCAAACCGCUUAUUCUGAGAAUGAAAAGUUGCAUGAAUUCCAUAAGAACAAUCACUGCAGUGGGUGAAAAUAUGUUUAGAUUUUGGAUUAAUAAUGAAAUCUACAUAAACAAAGAGUUGCUGUAACAGAAAGCAUCCUAAAUGACACAGGGUCUUCAUAAGUGGUUAAGAGAAUCAUUUAAAGUGGCAAAUAGCAGAUAAUGAUCCAUCUGACCGUUGAUAACCCAGUAUUGUUAUGAGUAAUAAAGACUACAAUCAGGAAUCAUACAAUGUACAGCCAGAUGUAUUACAAAAGUGGGUGUUAUGUUGUUUGUGAAAUUAUUCUGGUUAAAACCAUACCCAGUUCAGAGUUUUUCAAACGUGAGAUGAUGGAAUGAUUGUCCCACUGAGAGAAAGUCUCUAAACCACCAGUCACAUGGUUUAGAAUAAAACUCAGGCAAGUACAUACAGGGGAAGGGUUAUGGAGUAAUGUUAACACCCAUAUAAAUAUACACAUUGCUCAAGCUACAAUGUUCAGUACCAUUAGGCUACAGGCAAUAUUAAUCAAUGUGCUGAUGUUAAGCUGUGUAGAUUCUUAUGCUUAAAAUUUUAGCUAUCUUGAACAUGCAUGCUUUAUGUGAGUACAUAAGAAGGAAUCUAUAGUUACAGUAACCUCAAAACAUUUCAAGGGGAUGUAUCUACUGCUUGGAUAGUUCCAUCUGAGCCACUGGCUUAAUCCCAUUAGUUCAACUUUAUUUUUGGUUGAGUUGGAGAUAUGAAUCCAACAUAUAAUUUCUUAAUUUGUAGACAAUGUGGAAUUAAAGCCAGACUAAUUAGUGGCACUGAUGGAACUAUCCAAGCAGAAGAUACAUCUCCUUCAAAUGUUGAUAUUUGGUUGUGUUAAAUUAAAAUAUUAAUUUUGUACGCAAAGGAAAUCAGUUAUGGGUCAACAUCUAAAUGUUGCUCCCAGCAAUGAUCAAAGAUCAGAAUGCUUUUUUCUUAAGUUGAUUGAGUUCUAAUUGCGCCUGCCUCUUUGUAAACAAGUGGAAUCAUGAACAGUGGUUUGAGCAUUAUGUUUGCCUGUGUCCCCCGGAUUUUCCUUUUUAGCAGCACAUUUACCACUCUCCCAAACAGCAAACUCCGGCCCUCUCCUUUUGGGCUGGGGGCAUUUCGGGGCGAGUGGGUGCACCCAGUGAUCAGAGCACCCACUGAUGGGAGUGGCCAUUUGUAUUAAGCCAGGAUUUGAAUCAUGAUUUCUUUGGAUAUCACCAAACAAAAACUUAGAAUGGAUAAAUUACAUUUAUUAUAACCAACAAAGAUUCAUUAACUAUACCAACUCUGCAUUGACAGCUUUGUGAGAACAAGUACUGGCCACUAGCAAAAUGACAUGGCAGAACAGGCAGGCUUUGAAUUGGCUCUUAGCAGAGAAAGGUGGAGUUUGCAUAAUGUUCGGAGAAGAAUGUUGCACCUUCAUUCCCACCAACACGGCCCCAGAUGGAUCAUUUACGGAAGCUUUGACCAAACUGAAAGAAUUACGGCAAGAAGUAAAGGACAAUUCUUGAUUUGAUACACACGCUUGGGACUGGUUGGAUUGAACUUUGGGGAAAUGGGGAGCAAUGUUUACAAAAAUUGAUAUAUCAUGAUAGGUGUUGUACUAGUGGCCAUGGAAUAGGUUUUUGUUGUGUCUUACCAUUGAAAAAGUCUCUCCUGGUACAAACUGCAGUAAAGCAUAUCGCUGUAGGAAUGGGUGUUUAUGACCCACCUGUCGUAGUGAAUCCUGUGCCUGAUGCUCGUGGACUAAAUAAGGACAGAUAUGGAAAACCAUGCAAUGCUAAAGGAGGACCAUUGGACUAUCCUAUUGGAAACCCAGAAUGUCUAUAUGGAGUAAGACCAGAAGGGAGAUGGCUAUCAGGAUCAACAAAGGUUGCUGAGCAAUGGACUGGACAGAGAUCUUCCUGACCUAUACCCAGUCCCAGACUAUGGUGGUGAUGUACCUCCUCAUGUACACAAACCAUGGCCAAAAAGAGGGUUGUGCAAAUGGUGUAAACUAGAUUAUCAGAGACUUGGACAUUUUCAUUUCCCAAUUUUCUGUGCUAUGUGUCAGAGGGGUGACUGCCUCUUAUGUUGGGAUAAGGAAUGUGUUUAAAGGAUACACAUAGUAUAAAAUAAUAUCAUGUAUUCAGUGUUAAAGGGAUACAGCCAUGUAAUCAAUACUAAAAGUGUAUAACCAUGUACUCAAUAUAACAGUUGCUAAAGGAUAAAUGAUGAUAGACCUGCUUAA